GUAUUCUGCUCGAAUGGCGACGACCAGCGAGAUUAUCAGCGAGUUUGCGGACAUUGGGCAGAAGCUCUCCGACGAUCUCGUUGCGCAGUGCUUGACGAUCUGCAACCGAUUCGACGUGUCUGCCGAGACGCUCGCGGCCAAGUGGGAGGCGUUUGCCAGCGCGAGCGAUUCGUCUCGCCGCCUCGGCGCCGACGACCUCGCCUCGCUCCAGAAGCAGCUGCAGGACCAAGAGCGACAACAACAAAAUCAGCGCUCAGCCACCAAGAAACGCCCGGCCAAUGCGCCCAUCCCAACGACCGUGUCUCCCGCCAAGGUGGACCUUGCCUCAACCACCUUUGACAAGCGCACUGUUCACAUUGUGGAUGAGUCCAUUCUCAGUCUCUACGGCAUGUCUGACCAAAUGUCCUCACGCAGCUCGAAGGACACGCCCAACAAGCGUCCGUUCGGCACACCACCGCCAAACCGCGUCUCCGACACCAUAGGCUCACCCUUGCUGCUGUCUCCGACCAGCCUGUCUCCUACUCGCAACCUUCCUUCGAAAGCCUUUUCAGAGCGCUCGAAUGCAGGAAAGGUCGAGUUCAUCUUGAACGAGGCCUUGCCACCGUGGCGACGCCCUGCCAACGCUGGUCCGCGCACCAUCGACAUGGGCAUGUUUGAGAGUUGCCAACUGACUCCGUAUCGCUUCAUGUUGCAAAAAGUUACCGACAAGGCUGAAGUUCUCGACCAAAAGAUUGAAGAGUUGGGCGCGCUGAUCCGCAAGCAGCAACUUCCCAACGCGCCAGCAUCGUUCGACCAUGUUGGUCUCGCCAAGCAGGCCAUGGCGACCGUUGCUGGUCGCAUCUGCAGCGAUGCUGGAAACGGAAAAUUGAACGAUGUCUCGAUUCUUCUUGAAGGCUCGCGCGACGUGUGCAACGGUGUGCGCAUUCCCCUGGACAUGCGCUCUUUGGAUCACUUUUCAGCCUUUCCUGGACAAAUUGUCGUGGCUCAAGGAUAUAACAUCACUGGGACCAAGUUCAGCGUGCAGCCGCACUCGUUUUUCACGAGCGCACCCAAACCCAUGCAACAAACCGAAACGGCACAGCUGUUGGACUACUGGGCGCCGUACCGAAGCGGCAAUCGGCCAUUGUCCAUUGUGGCAGCUGCCGGUCCCUUCAGCGGAACAGACGAUCUAAGUUUUGCUCCCUUGAUGGAGUUGGCCACGCAAGUUGGCAAUUCAGAGCCGGACGUGCUCAUCUUGAUGGGUCCGUUCGUCGACGAGCAACAUCCCGGUGUUGCUGCAGGAGAGUUGGAUGUUACCUUUGAGGAUCUCUUCCGCGAGGCGGUCAACGACACUGUGCACAAGCUGCUCAACAGCUAUUCCGGGCUUCACAUUGUGAUUGUCCCCUCGCUCCGCGAUGUUGUUCAUGACAAAAUCAUGCCUCAGCCUCCUUUCCCCGAGGAGCUGGUUCAGCCUCACGAGCGGCUGAUGCUUUGCUCAAACCCCGGAACGUUUGUCAUCAAUGAGGUGACAAUCGGCAUUAUCACGUCCGAUAUCUUGUUCCACCUUAGUUCGGAGGAGACUGCACGAGCUCGAGCUGGCGACACGAGUGAUCGUCUGGCCCGCUUGGCUGGGCAUCUGCUCGAUCAACGCAGCUUCUAUCCGCUGUUCCCUCCUGCACUCGGCACCAACACCGAGCUGACGCAUCGCAAGCAGCUCGAUCUUCCCGUGACGCCCGAUGUGCUCAUUCUGCCGUCGGACCUCAAGUUCUUUGCCAAGAUUGUUCAACAAACCGUGUGCGUGAAUCCUGGCCGCCUCACGCGCGACAAGACGGGUGGCACCUAUGCCAAACUGACCGUCUUCCCUCCACGUGAAGAAGAUGUUCCUGCUGGCAUGAACACUGUAUUGCACCAUGUCGCUCGGCGGACUCGUGCCGAGAUUGUGCGCAUUUGAAUGCAUGCAUGCCGGUUUGUUGAAAAAUAUAGCCUUGUUCAAA